AUGCUCACCUCCGGCCGUCGCUCUCUCCCAUCCAACCCACUGUUGCCAUGUCGACUCGAAGAGAGUAGGGCGGAAGUUAAUAUUGUCGCGCAGGAGUCUAUCAGCCGUACUGCUGGUAACACCGGCGGGAACCACGGCGGGUACAGGCACAGCGCGAGCACCGGCCAAAUCCACCGUGUCACGCCUGGAUUGGACGGCCUAUACGACAAGACGGGAAGAAAGCGGUUUGCUCAUGAAGCCGCGGCGUCGCUUAAGUCCGAGUCGCGAACGAAUGAUAAGUUUAGGGGAGCUACGGUGGACGAGGAGGAGGCGGGCCGAACGAUAGGCCUGACAGACGCGGAAACGGGAGGGGGUAGCACUAAGUUAGAGACGUCUUUAAAACGGGAUGCUCUUAAACGCGAAGCGGAGGAGGCGGUUCUGGCGAUAGACGUGGGCACGGGCGGGACCAAGGCGGCUGUGGUGACGUGGCAUGGCGCUGUCGUGGCUUCUGCGUUCUGGCCGCACGCUCCGCCACGUGGCGCGGAUGAUGACGUGGCGCAGGCGCGGCAGACGGCGGAGCAGGAGCCGUCUGAUUGGUGGAGAGCGGCGGCGGGCGCAGCUGGGGAGUGCCUGGCGCAACUGGAUGGGCGGAAGGGGGGGAGCAGCACAAAGGGGUGGAGGGGGAACUUGGAUGGGCGGAAGGGGAGCAUGGAUGGGCGGAAAAAGGGGAGCAGUGCGGGUGGGGAAGGGGAGCGGGGCGGAGUGAGUGGCGAACGUUUGAGUGCGGUGAGGGUGGUAGGUGUUGCGGUGACCGGUCAGAUGCAAGACGUCAUCCUGCUUCCCCAGGUACCACCUUCCCCAAUUAUCACCUUCCCCAGGUACCACCACCUUCCCCAGGAUUGGUCGCCUAACAGCUGCACUGCCGUCUCCCCUGCCAUUCUUUACUCUGAUGCGCGUGCGACUGUUGAAGCGAGGGAGAUGGCAAUGCUGGCAGGAGGCGAAGAAGCAAUCAUUGCAGCCACCGGGAUGAGACAAGGCCCCACCAGCGUGCUGGCGAAGCUCCUGUGGCUGCAGCGUCACCGACCACAAACGCUGAAGGAAUCUUCCUCACUGCUUCUCGGCGCCCAUGCCUACGUGUGCAGCCACCUGAUUGGUCGGCCCGCUCGAGUUGUGGACUGCACCACACUCUCCACCACAGGCCUUGCCACGUGUCCAUCCACCACUGGCAUCUCAUAUGCUGCCGACCUGCUGCACUCACUGGGCCUCUCCCAAUGGCUGCCUCUCCUCCCUGAGAUUCUGCCGCCCACCCGACCAUGCGGCACCUUAUCCGUGGAAGCAGCGGAGCUAAUGGGAGCGCGCCACCUGGCGGGCAUUCCUGUGUUUCACUCGUGUGGAGACCUGGGAGCGUCUGCUGUCGGGUGUGGAUCAGGCGUACCUGGCACGGAGUACAUCUAUCUCGGCACCUCAGGGUGGGUUGCUGGGUCCUUCUCCCUGCAACCACUUUUCCAACCAUCCAACCAGUCACCCAAGAAGUCACCGCUAGCAUCAGUGGUGCAACCGCCUUCGUGGUCUCAGGGCGUGUUCACUCUCGCUCACCCUGACCCUUCUUUGGUCUUCAGAACAGCGCCAAUAAUGACAGCAGGGGGCAAUCUCAAGUGGGCGAUCAGCAACCUCCUUAGCGGUGGCAGCAGCGGCAGCACUGACGUCUCAGAUUCUACCUUUCUCAAUGCUGACGUGGCAGCAGCAUCCGUGCCAGCUGGCAGUGGUGGCCUCCUUUACCUUCCGUUUUUAAAUG